UUGCAGGAGCCGGUCGCGUCAUCCUUGGAUGGGCGGCGCACUGACGGGAGGACGGAGGGUUUUCCACAUUUAAAAGCACCGGAGCCGGCCCCUUUGACAAACCGCGCUGCGUCAUCGACCUGGGGAGACUCUUGAAAAACCUUCACUGAAGCUUACAGAGAGCCAAACUCACCUCAACCACGGUCCCCUUUAGCAGCCUUACCUGCGCCGGUCUCCAGAUUCAACAGCACAUAGAUUUCCCCCCUCCGGUUCAUCUGGUGCGCACAGUCAGUCACACCGCGCCGUGGCUCCAAGUUACACACUCGCUUUGCUUUAACUUUACUGCGAAUUAUGCUUUUAUUUGAUGGUGUAUGAAGUGAUCUAGCGCUUGCAAUAUUAUCAUCGGCGUUGCUUGUCCCAGUCUCAAGAAAGUCAGCAUCGCUUGUUGAAUGCAGGAUACCUUCUGCCUCAGCGUCAGUCCCAAGUUCAGCUUUGGAGCAACAGCCGGUAAGGAGCGAGAACUCCAGUUUCUCACCUCUCUCGCCGCCGAUAUGAAGUCUGCAGAAGAAGAUGCAUACAGCUACACACCAAAUGUCAGCUUGUCCCUUCCACUGGGUAUGGGCAACCCCUGUCUGGCCACCCAGUACCACACCUUACAGUCCAGCCCAGUUAUUUCAGUUUCCUCUUGCCACCAAACAGGCUACAGCCUGCAGAAUGAUAACCAUGCACCAUCAAACUAUUACCUGCCCCAUGGCCUGAGACCCAAUGGGGCCCCAGCUCUGGAAAGCCCUCGUAUUGAGAUCACUGCCUACAGCCAGUAUCCUGAAGAUGAGGUGGAAGAGAGCAACAGUGAGGACCACAUCAUCAAACGAGGCGUUAACUCUAUUGUGACGCUGACACUACCCAAUGCUGAUGGCUACCGUGAUCCCAGCUGUCUCAGCCCCGCAAGUAGCAUUUCCUCUCGUAGCUGUAACUCCGAGGCGUCCUCCUAUGAAUCCAGCUUCUACAACUACGACAACUCCCCACAGAACUCCCCCUGGCAGUCUCCCUGCGUUUCUCCCAGAGGCUCAUCCUCCCUCCUGUCCUGCCCACAUGCUAGCGGCCCUGCAGCUUCCCCUCACCAUUCACCCUCCACCUCCCCUCAGAUAGGAGCAGUGGCCGAGGAAGGCUGGCCAGCACAACCUCGUGGCUCCAGGCCUAACUCUCCUUCCUGCAGCGGAGGCAGUGGAGGCAGCGGAGGCAAUGGCGGCGGCGGCGGUGGAGGCGGCGGCGGCAUGGGGAAGAGAAAGUACAGCUUCAAUGGCACCUACCGUCAGACAUCCUGCUCCCCCAUCCAGUCACCCACCCCAUCCCCACAUGGCUCACCCAGGGUUAGCAUCACAGAUGACAACUGGCUCGCUAACACCAACCAAUACACCAACUCUGCCAUUGUGGCUGCCAUCAACGCCCUAACCACAGAUGGAGUGGUAGACAUGGGGGAAGGAAUCCCAAUCAAGACUCGGAAAACCAUGCUAGACCACUCAUCUUCCAUGAGCUUAAAGGUGGAGCCUGGUGGUGAAUUGCUAUGUCCUGAUGGAGAGCUCUGCCAUGAGGACUACCCCUCCCGCCUGGCCCUCAAAAAGGAGAACUAUUGUGGAGGGUUCCUGGAUGUGCCCCAGCAUCCGUACUCCUGGUCUAAACCCAAGCCUUACCUCAGCCCAUCUCUGCCAGCUCUUGACUGGCAGCUUCCAUCCUGCUCCGGCCCGUACAACCUACAGAUCGAGGUGCAGCCAAAGUCCCACCACAGGGCCCACUAUGAGACUGAAGGCAGCCGAGGGGCGGUGAAGGCGCUGUCUGGUGGCCACCCUGUAGUACAGCUUUAUGGCUACAUGGAAAGCGAGCCGCUCACCCUGCAGCUGUUCAUAGGGACCGCAGACGACCGCCUCCUGCGACCACAUGCCUUCUACCAGGUCCACCGCAUCACCGGCAAAACCGUCUCCACCGCCAGCCAUGAAGUCAUGCAAUCCAACACCAAAAUUCUGGAGAUCCCUCUGCUGCCUGAAAACAACAUGAGAGCCAUAAUUGAUUGUGCAGGGAUCCUGAAGCUGCGUAAUUCCGACAUUGAGCUUCGCAAAGGGGAAACAGACAUCGGACGUAAGAACACGCGUGUAAGAUUGGUGUUUCGAGUGCACAUCAACCAGCCCAACGGCAGGACAGUGUCCCUACAGACUACUUCAAACCCCAUUGAAUGCUCCCAGCGCUCAGCUCAGGAGCUUCCCUUGGUGGAGAAGCAGAGUUUAGAUAGUUACUCUGUCACUGGAGGCAAAAUGAUGCUCUUGAGUGGCCUCAACUUCCUCCCCGACUCCAAGGUGGUGUUUGUGGAGAAGGCUCAGGAUGGACAUCAUCUGUGGGAGACGGAAGCCAAAGUUGACAAGAACUCCGUCAAAUCUAGCUCUAUUGUUGUGGAGAUCCCGCCCUACAGGAACCAGAGAAUACCCAGCCCGGUGCAGGUUAACUUCUACGUCUGCAAUGGCAAAAGGAAGAGGAGCCAGUACCAGCGCUUCACCUACCUGCCUCCUAAUGUGCCGAUAAUAAAGACAGAACCCAAUGAUGAAUAUGAUUCUCUGGGGACUGCAAGACUGCCCAUGCGUUCAAAGCCCUAUUACAACCAGCCCAGGCUGACUCCCAUCAUGCCUGUAGCCGAUCCAGAUGCCUGCCUGGUUGGUGGCUACCCUCCCUGCCCACCUCGCCAUGCCGCCAUACCAUCGACGCCCCCCAGCUCCAGCCCCACCCUGCAUGACCUCUCCCCAGUGGCAUACAGCAAGUGCCUCCCCAACAGCCCCACUCAUGCAGCACCACCAGGCCCCGUGGUGCCCCCCAUCCAGGAGAAUCCUGGCUGCCCCAACCUCGCCCACCCUGCAUCGCCAGACCACAACUCUUCCCUAGGGAUGCUCCAUUCCCAGGGCAGCCCCAACCACCUCAACAGCCCAGGGCCCCAUGGUUACCACCCUAUCUAUGCCAACAGCAGUCCCUCAUCCUCCCCAGUAUCCCUCCCUUCCACCCCCGGUUGCACUGCGGAGAGCCCGUUUGUUCAGGCCUACAGCCCCAGUCAGGCAGCAGCCAGCUCACCCAGCCUGGUACCUGAGGAUGCCAGCCCCCCUUCGAUGGCCAUCACCGUCAAACAGGAGCCCCAGGAACUGGACCAGAUGUACCUAGAUGAUGUUAAUGAGAUCAUCAGGAACGACCUCUCCAGCAUUUCCGUGCACACUCACGCAUAGACGUCCAGAAGUCUUCUGCAGCAGCACACACACACACACACAUAGACACACACAUAGACACACACACACACACACACACACACACCCGCACAUUGGCGCACACACACACACACACACACACACACUCAAACAGCAGCAGCAACAAUGGAAAAAAAGGACAAAAAAACAAAAACAACGUAGAGAUCCAGAUGAUGAAGAAUAAAGAUUUGACCAGGAUCUCCACACCUGACCGUCGUUGCCAUCAGCUCCUCUUCACUCAAAAGACGUGCUGCAUAUUCACAUUGACAAUCACUGGCAAGCUCCAUUUGAAUAAACACAUGAAUGUUAUAUUUACAAAAAAAAAGGGAAGUGAUAUCAGGGGCAAAGUAUAUGACUACACUUGCCUUAAUUCACAGCAGAUGUUCUUUAGUGGACCAAACAGCUCAAUGAGACUGAUUUACUUCUAUCGUUGACAAAUGACAAUCUUCAUUUUCAAGUGUGAUCUGUAUGUUAAUGCAUGGACAAGCUAAUGGGACAAUAAGUGUCACGCUUCAUCACUUUGGUUCAUUUGUUUGUGCAGUCAGUCCGUGACAACCGAAUUGGUGCCUUACAGCAGUGAUACUGACAGCAAACAACAGCAGCAGUCACACACAAAUGCAAAUGGUUCCUUGUAACCCAAAGUGGAAGUUUUUAUAUGACCUUUUUGUAUCAUUUCAAUGAUUUGUUUACAGGGAAACAGAAAAAAAAAGGCUGGAAAAUAUAUAGGGAGUAUGUGAAUAGAUUAGAACUGUAUUUUUUCUUGCUUCCUCAUUAUUAUCUCAUUGUUCAUUUAUACUGAAUGUUAUUGUAUGAUUCUUUUGUAUAAACAUGUAUUUGAAAAUGUACUUAUGUAUGCCUUAUGCUUAUAUCAUGCAGUUUGCUAUUUAGCUUUCCCAUUCGUCUUCCCCCUGAUAUGAUUUGUACCAUUUCUACUACCCUGCAUUAUGCUUUUCACCUUAGUGCCUAUUUUUUACCAUCCUGCCCCGGUCUUCCAGUCCUUCACAUCCAAACCAUGACAUAAUGAUGCACAGACAAUCAGAAAAAAUAUAUAGAACAUAUCCUAUGACAACAGUUCCUGGUUGCGGGGGCUUAUAAAGGCAGGUAUCAGAGUUUUAUUCUCCCCUGGCUAUAAGAUAGUUGAACAAUGGUAUGCUUACCUGCUGAAUUAAAAUGAGAAUACCCCUGGACAAUAUAUAUUUGUCUGUUACUUCUUGCACUGCAGGUUUGCUUGUAAAUAGGCACAGGGAUAAUCUAAAGUAUGCCACAGGCUCAGUUUUACUCGUCAUUUGGGUGAUUCCACUGAGGAGUUGGCAGGACUGUUACUCACUGUUGGCAAUAAUUGAUCUGAGUAAACCAAAGGAUUUUAUCUUUGGUGAAAUUAUUGUCCAAGUUUCCUUUUUCUGACGGAGACUUUAGCGUAGAGCGGCUCCCCGUACAAAAAAAAAA